AUGCUUCUCGACGAAGACCCCGCCGCCCUCAUCUCACAAUGCACAUCACACUUCAAAAUCGCCAACGACACCGCCUCUCUACUGCGAAUCAGCGACUCGCUCUCCACGCUCUCACAGUUCCGUACACAGCACCUGCAAUCACUGCAAUCCUCUCUAUCACAGCUCUCGCGCACUCACCAAACCCUCUCCGCAAACCACAGCCACACGCUGUCGCAGCACAACCCGACAAACCAUGCGGCGGAGAUUCUGCGACUCGACACGGAGAAGUUCAAGAUUGCGAAGCAGGCCAGUGAUCUCGAGAUCGAGGGGGAGAGACUGCAGCAGGAGAGAGAGAGAUUGAGUGGAGUAGCGCAGGACCUUGAGGCUGAAGGUGUGGAGGGCGGCGAGCGGGAGAAGGCGGAGAGCGAGGACGCUACCAUACUGAAGCUGAAGCUCUACCGCACACUCGGCAUCGAUGUCGAAGCCGACCCUACGACAGGCCAGUACACCAAGGCCGUUGUUCGGAACGCAGCAAAGGGCGACGUGCACGUUGUCAACAUAGACCCCAAGUUCUCGCGGCAUUUUUACACAAAUUACUUCUGGAGGACCAUGUAA